GGCGGUUGAGGACCCAGCCUUCAGCCUGAAAGUUUCUCGGGAUUGGAAGGCGGAACUUCAACAAAUCCGCGCCACAGUGGAGGAUCCGAAUACCUCCGAGGAGGAAAAGAUCCGUAUCCUACACGAGGCAUUGCAACAGCGGAUCGAUGACACAAGGGCCCAGGAGGAAGUCAAGGCUUCGGUCCAGAAGCGCAUCGAGACGCUGACGGCCGAGCGGGAACGCUGCGAUACCGAGGCGCUGAGGCUCAACGGCAUGAAGGUAAAGUUAGAGGUCUGCUGCCGAGAGCAAAAAGAACAGAUGAACUGCUUGGCGAAGGAGAACCAAAACCUGGCGGAGGAGGAACGUCAACGUCACACGGAGCUGAAGGAGAAGUUUCAGGCCGCCAUCAAAGAUGUCCAAGAGAAGAUGGACGCGGAAUUGGAGGUGCGGCAAGGCUUCCUGAAGGAGAACGAUGACCUUCGCAGCAAGCUGCAAAAGUUCAACGAGACUUACGAGUCCCAGGAAGCUCAACUGGCUGAACAGCAGGAGACCCGAGAGAAGGAGAUGCAGGCUGCGACCGAGAGGCUCAAGGAGCAUGAGGCCAUGUGCGCAGCCUCCAAGGCCAAUGCCGCACAGUUGGAGAAGCAGAACGAGACGCUGAAAAAAACCCAAUCGGUGCUCCAGAGUGACCUGCAAGGAAUCUUGAAGAAGUUUGUCCGCUUCUCAGAGCAUCGGGAGAAACCAUCUCCACAAUCGCCAAGGGACGAGUUCUCCAAGCAAGUCUCUGGCUCCAACAAGCGACAUAGCUCCUUGCCGGGCGAAUGCAAGGAAGAGAUUGACUCUCUGCAAGCUCACAUGGAGGACUUGGAAAAAGAGAACUCCGAACUGCGCAGCAGUGCGCGGCUGUCCGAAUUGGCAUCGGAACAACAGGUGAUGCAGAAGCAAUGCGAUGCGCUGGAAAAGCUCUGCGACAACCUGCAGAAGGAGACGGCGGAGGGAACAGAUUGA